AUGAGACUGAGGGCCCUCCUGGUGCUUCUGACCAGCACCACCGUUCUUGCCGGCGACAAAACGGACGCGUGCGGCGGGCGAGACUGCACCACCUGUCGAUGCUUUCCGGCCAAGGGAGGGAGGGGGUCUCCGGGUGCUCUCGGGCGUCAGGGCCCCCAGGGACCCCCAGGCUUCCCGGGCCCUCAAGGUCCUCCGGGAGAGAAAGGCAAGCGAGGAGAUGAAGGCCCAGCAGGCGCUUCGGGACCAAAGGGAGACACGGGAACUGUUGGCGUUCCUGGAUUCCCCGGUUUAGAAGGAGUUCCGGGGCAUCCGGGCGCAGCCGGUGAGCCCGGGCUUCCAGGUGUGGACGGAUGUAACGGGACCAGAGGAAAGCAGGGAGUUCCCGGCCUACCUGGACAGCGAGGCCCUGACGGAGAAGCGGGUUUUCAAGGACCGAAGGGAUUUCCAGGAGAGCCGACAUUCUUCUUCCUGGACUACCCUGGAGCGCCUGGAGAGGCCGGACUCGGGGGACUUCCCGGUCUGUCGGGUGGACAGGGUCCCAGAGGUUUGAGUGGAGUCGCGGGUCCUCUUGGCCCUGAUGGCGUAAAUGGUCUUCCUGGCCUGCCAGGUUCCAGAGGAUUACCUGGUGACCGAGGCCGAUCGGUGCAGGGCUCGAAAGGAGACGAGGGAGAUCAAGGCCUCCAGGGCCCCCCGGGACCAUUUGAGGUCGUAGACCUCCCAGAGGACUAUUACAUCAAAGGAGAGAAGGGAGUGGCGGGGCCGAAAGGGGCGUGUGGACCACCAGGCCUGCCGGGGCUGGAUGCUCUUCCUGGCAUCAAGGGAGAGAAGGGGAUCGUCGGCCCUCCCGGACUUAGGGGACUCCCUGGACGUCCUGGGCGACCAGGUUGCAAAGGAGCCAAGGGCGCUGUAGGAAUCCCUGGUCUUCCGGGUCUGAUCGGACAAGAAGGUCCAAAGGGCAUGAUCGGAGACCCCGGUCCUAAAGGCCUCCCUCAGGAAAUUGUCAUCACCCAUUCGGGUGACGUCGGAGAUCCGGGGUCUCCUGGACCGACGGGACCUCCGGGUGAUCGCGGCUUCAUUGGAUCACAAGGGCCUCGCGGAUCCCCCGGUAGAUCCGUACUAGGACCACCAGGUGCGGUGGGACCAGUGGGGACCCCGGGAAGCAGAGGAGACAAAGGAGAACCGGGGCAGUUUUUCACAGAUCAAACUUUUCCCGGGGAAGUCGGAAGUCCAGGGAGCCUCGGACCCAGAGGCCAAAAAGGACAACCGGGAAGGCCGGGCUAUUACUGCCUUCCCGGCGUGCCAGGAGAACCCGGAGAACCUGGUGAACGGGGACCUUCGGGGCCCUCGGGAAUUCAAGGAUUCAAAGGUCGCCAAGGUGAAUGCUCCUGUGGCCCCACUGUUGUGCUGAGGGGAGCCCCGGGCCCAGCCGGGGAGCCCGGGUCGGCAGGCGAUCAAGGGUCCCCUGGAGCUCAGGGACCAAGAGGGGACAAAGGCUUCACGGGAGACACCGGAGCAGCGGGACAACCGGGUCUGGGUGGCCUACCUGGUUUCAAAGGGUUCAAAGGUCAAAAAGGAGACUUCAUUGUGGUGGAAAUUAAAGGUGAGAAGGGCGAAAGGGGUGAGCUGGGUGUUGCUGGUAGACAAGGUUUCCCUGGGAGAGCAGGACAGGAUGGAGUCCCUGGACUCCCUGGAAGCCCUGGACCUCAGGGAGACAGUUACUCCGGUCCUCCAGGGGACCGAGGUCUUCCGGGUCUCACUGGCCCCAAGGGACUAAUUGGACCACCUGGCCCCCAGGGAUCAGGUGUAGUUGGAGCAAUUGGAGACCGGGGGUUUCCAGGGGCCCCGGGGCCUCCGGGAUUCCCUGGAUUCCCUGGUCUGAAAGGUGUUCAAGGCGAAACACUUCCUUGUGUACCCAGAAACCCAGGAGCCCCAGGACAGAAAGGGGAAGCUGGAGACACAGGCCCCGUAGGACUUCCUGGUUCUCCUGGUUUCAAUGGAUUCACAGGACCCGAUGGACCUAAAGGAGAGAAGGGACUGUCUGGACUUCCCGGUCCGGCUGGACUAGCAGGACCUCCAGGUUUAAUUGGUGAUCCUGGAGAUGAAGGACCUGAAGGAUUCAGUUUUGCUGGAGAACCAGGCUCUCCAGGUGCACCUGGAAUUCCUGGACUGAGAGGACCUGCAGGAGAGUCUUACGUGGGGACCGCGGGGCCCAUUGGCUUUCCAGGGCUAGCGGGCUCUCGGGGACCUAAAGGAGUCCCAGGUGAAGCUGGCAACCAGGGUUUCCAAGGAGUUCCAGGUCUGCCCGGGGUUCCGGGACCAAAAGGCCAGAGAGGCCAGGAUGGCGCACCGGGCAACAUUGGUCCCCCCGGCCCAGUCUAUAAUCAGUGCCAAAAAGGAGAAGCCGGUCCCACGGGCCCUCCUGGUCCACAAGGACCCAUUGGCCCCUCAGGAUGUGCAGGAGAGAAAGGUGAUCCGGGCCAAACAGGAUUGCCGGGUUAUGGCCCACGAGGCCCUAUGGGUAAAGCAGGUUCUCCUGGAAUUCCUGGCUAUCCAGGGCUUCCGGGGCCCCCGGGUCUCAGUGGAGACUCUGGAUUUGCAGGGAGGGAUGGCCAAAAAGGUCUGACGGGACCUCUCGGUCAGAAGGGUGUCCAAGGGGUCGGAGGCUUGAUCGGGUUCCCAGGUUACCCUGGGAGGAAGGGAGAGCAUGGUCCUAACGGACAAGAUGGCAGGCCAGGAUGUCAAGGUCCUAAAGGAGAAGCGGGCUGUAAAGGGUAUCCAGGACCCCCUGGAGACACGCUAGGUGUCCCCAUCAAAGGCACGAGAGGAAAAGCGGGUCCCCCCGGUGUCAACGGUUUCCCUGGUGCACGAGGAAAUAAGGGCGGACGAGGUAUUGCGGGCAGGCCCGGGUACCCGGGUGCCGAUAUGCCUCCCGGCAUCAAGGGUCCCCCGGGUCCGCCUGGGUCUUUGGGCAAACGUGGACUUUCAGGAGGAACCGGGCAUCCCGGACCUUCCGGUUUCCUCGGCUUUCCCGGAGAAACGGGAGACUUGGGUGACCCAGGAUCCCCAGGCAGGUCUGGUGAACGCGGUCGACAAGGACGUUCUGGCUCCAAAGGCGAUCGAGGAGAGUCUCGACGGAGAUCCGGUUUACCUGGGGAUAAGGGGCCUCCUGGAGACUCUGGGCCUCCAGGUCCUACUGGACCUCGAGGUGACCCGGGACCAACGGGUUUCAUCGGAGAGCCGGGCCAGAUGGGCUCGAAAGGAGAUCUGGGACAACCCGGGGAGCAGGGACCACCGGGUGUCAUUGGGCCCCCAGGUGCCAGAGGUCGCCCAGGCAUUCCGGGUCUUCCUGGUAACGCGGGUGCCGACGGUCCCCCUGGACCACAAGGCAUCUUGGGACAUCGAGGUCCUCCCGGACCACUGGGACUUCACGGCCUUGAUGGACUGAAAGGGGUCAAAGGAGACAUUGGCACCAGGGGUCUGAAUAUUCCAGGUUCUCAGGGUUCUCAAGGCCUUCCAGGAGAUAAAGGCUCUCCUGGUCCUCCAGGUCCGCCGAGUUCAUCACAGCCUGGACCUCCGGGACCCAGAGGCUCUGCAGGAUCCAGAGGGCCACAGGGACCACUCGGUCCUUCAGGUGAACCUGGACCAGACUGCCAAGGUCCUCCAUCAGGGAUUUUGGGAGAUCCUGGUGAACCCGGAGAGGAUGGAGUGCCAGGUUUCCCCGGAGACUUGGGGGAGUCUGGUCCUAACCUUCCGGUGCCUGGCGAUGAUGGGGACAACGGAGAUGACGGGUGCGUUGGUCCUAAGGGAGAAGAAGGACUCCCGGGGCCCGUAGGACAAACUGGCGUAGCUGGAAUUCCAGGGUUCACAGGUCAGCGGGGCUCUCCGGGACUGAUGGGAAUACCAGGAAAUCCGGGCCCCAGAGGUUUUCCGGGACCGAUUGGACCUCUCGGUUGUAAGGGCUCUACCGGUCCGGCGGGUCCAAAGGGAGAGAUGGGCAGAGUUUUUCCUUGCCCUUCUUACCCUUCACCCCCACGUGGUGCUCCUGGAGUUCCUGGGCCUCCCGGUUUACCAGGAAAUCCUGGUUUUCUCGGAGAAAGUGGCUUCCAGGGACUCAAAGGUAAGAAGGGGGACGCCGGCUGUGUGGGGCAACAAGGCUCUCGAGGGCCACCGGGUCCCGAUGGAGAACCGGGUCGACGAGGUCCGGAAGGGGAGAAUGGUGCGGCGGGGGACAAGGGUGACCCCGGUCGGACCGGGGAUCGCGGACCUCCCGGACCGUCGCGAGCCGUCAACGCCGGCUUCCUGACGGUCAUACACAGCCAGUCCAAAGAAAUCCCGCCGUGUCCGCGGGGGAUGCGUCUUUUGUGGCUGGGAUAUAGUCUCUUGUACCUGGAAGGCCAGGAGAAGGCGCACACUCAGGACCUUGGUCAGGCGGGCUCGUGCAUGCGCGUCUUCUCCACCAUGCCCUUCGCCUCCUGCAACACGGGAGCGUGCUCGUACGCCGGCCGCAACGACAAAUCCUAUUGGCUGUCGGCGGCCGCCGCCGUGCCGGCCCUGCCGGUGGGCGGGGAAUCCAUCCGCGAGCAUAUCAGCCGCUGCGCCGUUUGCGAGGCGCCCUCCGCCCCCGUGGCGUUGCACAGCCAGUCCGCCGUCCGCCCGCAGUGUCCCCCAGACUGGGCCAGCCUGUGGACCGGCUACUCAUUCCUCAUGCACACGGGCGCCGGCGACGAGGGCGGCGGCCAGUCGCUGACGUCGCCGGGAAGCUGCCUGACGGACUUCCGGCCUCAGCCAUUCGUGGAGUGCCAGGGACCGCGAGGGACGUGCCACUACUUCGCCAACAUCUACAGCUUUUGGCUCAGCACGCCGGCGGCCGACGCCGUGACCGCCGAGGUCGGCCGGCAGAGGGCCAACAUCGGCCGCUGCAACGUCUGCAUCAAAGUGGCCCCUCCGCCGUGA